AUGCCCGUGCUACAGGCACCGGCGGAAUAUUUGGAGUCCUCUCCAGACCAAUCACUGCAACCGGAAUGGCAACCAAUACCUCUAGUACUGGCCCCGCCAGGACCAGCUGCUUUGGCGCAGGUGCAAGCACGUCCGCCCGAAGGCCGCCUUAACCUUGGCCGGCAACAGCAGCCACAGCCCCAGCCACAACCGACUACUCGUAAUAAUCGACGAGCACUACUGCGCAAUAACUCGUUCGAUCGGGAUUUGGCUUUAAAUGAGGAAUCCCAACACUUGCCAGCCUUUGUGCACUUGUUACCUGUUGUCCUACCCGUCCAGGGCCCAGAGCCAACACUCGAUGAGCUCCUGCGUCGCGUAACGCAACGCAAUGAUUUGGAAAAUGUGGAAACUGUGCGCCUACGCGUCAUUUCCUACACCCUCAGCCUAUCGCGUCUUUCCCUAUUCUUACCCCGCCUCCAGCAGCUUGACUUGAGCGGCAGCGUUUUAAGCUCUCUGCGAGAUCUCGGCUACGGACUGCUUCAUCUGACACAGCUGAAUGUCAGCAACUGUGGGCUGAAUAGCUUUGAUGGCACUAGUGGUCUGCCGGCCAUACGCACUCUCAUUGCUGAUGGUAAUAUGAUCCAACGCGUGGGACCUUUGUCAGAGUUGUCCCAACUGCAACGCCUAAGUGCGCGGAAUAAUCGCAUCAGUGAGCUGGGCCUGCUCUCCUUCCUGGGCAUGUGCCCGCAGCUGAUGGACGUGGAAUUACGAGGCAACCCUGUCUGUCGUCUGCCCUUGUAUCGUGCUACCCUUCGACGAAGUGUUCCAACUCUGACGCAGCUCGACGGCCAGCCUUUGGAUAUGAAUAGCCCGACCAAUGUGGUGUCCAAUGAGUCGCCACCCGCAGCUACGAACGAAACUGAGGAAGAAUCUUCGCUAUCCAGUGAUCUGUCCUCGGACAUGGAGUCCAUAGGACGUUAUCGCCCGGCGACGGCAUCACACCAUAGCGACAGCGGAGCCACUGAGAAUUUGCGACCGUCAUCGGCAGCCGUGCUCGUCUCUCUGAGUGCCGGCGUGCACCGUCAAGCCUCCACAACCACAACACCAGUUGCUGGGUCUGUCUUGGGACUGGUCAGACAGCGUCGUCGUCGCAGCGGCCUCGCUUGGGUUAGUUCUUCCAGUUCCAGCUCAUCGUAUGCCUCCAUGGGCUCAACACAUGCACCCUCGAUAAGCUCGUGCUCUUCCAACAGCAGCCUUGAUGCACAUUCCACAGCCUACACAUUCAAUGCGCGAGGCACUUUUGACUAG